AAGUUCAAUCGAACAGUUGGGCGGGUUCACGAUGUCUCUUACUUUGAAGUGAACACGAUUAACAAAAGAACAGUUAAAACAACCAUGUCCCAGUUCCAAAUGUCGCGGUGCUAUCCAUGGGGUGCCAUCCGAACCGUUGUCAGGGUGCCAUCCGCACUAGCACAUCCACUCAAGAGGGGUCUAAAGAUCCACCACGCCCCAAGCUGGAACUCCCGGUCCAUGUGAUUUGUUUUGGGGUCUUGUGCAUUAUUUCUAUGCUGUGCUUUCUCGCCGUCAUGCGCCGUCUUCUCGGAAGUCUUUGGGACACGAGGUCCGUCUUCCCAGGCGACGCGUCGCGGUUUUGGGGUCAGCGACGUCGGCGAUGCACCCCAAAACACGUGUCAACCGAAAGUUGUCGCAGUCGAACAAAGGCGCCAGACUUUCGAACAGCCGAUCACUUCGGACGUUUCAACCGUUUCGCAGGUCUCCACCUUCAAUGCGGCUCCCUUUGAGAGAGGGACUGAUGGAAUGGAGCCAGUGAUGAAGAAGAUCUCGACCUUCGACUUCUUCGAUGCUCCACUUACGCCCUACGCCAACACGACUCCCCUUCCCAUGCACUGCGCGCCGAAAGGGUUCCCAGUGGAAAUCCCUGUGGCGAAAGUGGAGUCGGAGGCGGUGGACAAGAUCUCAACCUAUGACUUCUUUGAUGCGCCCCUCACGGAGCCCAUGCACUGCUCCGGCUGUGGUUUGGAGUUGACCGUGCGGAAGGUGGACUCCGAACCACCGGUGGAGAGCGUGUCCACCUUUGACUCCUUCGAAGGGAAUGGUCCCUCCCUUGAUGAGCCGGCAAUGGUGAACGUCUCCACCUUCGACUUCUUUGAAGAUGCUCCAGCGCUCCUUCCCUUGCCUUUGCCCUAUGGCUUGCCCCUAGUGCCUUGCGCCGAGCUGUCCACCAUCUCCAGCACUCCCGAGGGGCCCAGCCCCCACGGAGAACGCGAACGCGCGGAGCUGACCGUGCCCGAGAAACGCUCCAAUGCACCCUUGCAGCUGCAGGGUCCUGAGGGGAAGGAGCAGAUCCACUGGAAAGUAGAUGCUCGGAAGUUGGAGUCCCAGGAGAAGCAGAUCUUAUCGCCAGAGUUUGAGCUCACCCUGCCUGGCGUGGGCCCCACGCCCUUCCGAUUGAUGAUCUUGGCGAAGGAGACCCGAGGUAAAGGAUGCCGCGGGUUCUUGAAGGCGAAGGGCCGUGGGCGACUCUUCCUGAAGCAUGGAGCUCAGAGGGG